UUCAGUAAUUAAAAGAUCUAAUAAUUUCUCAGCAAGGUUUUUAUCACUAAUCCUUUUCAUAUGUUUAUGUAGUGUUUAUAUUGGAGGGGGUACGAGAAAUUUUUCUGAGAUAUCAAGGGGUACGGGCACUGAUAAAGGUUAAGAACCACUGGUCUAGAAGGUGAAGGACUACCGCAGUCCCCGGGCCCAGAAGGAUCUAUAAAAGAUCUUCGCGGCCCUAACACCACCACCAACAGCAGCAGCAGUGAACCAAUGUUUGAGUUGUCUGAUUUGUCAUCAGAGUGUGAAUAAUGUUGGAGACAGUAGGACAGGUUGUGGUGUACAGCAUUGCAGGCUGCCCUCACUGUUUGGCAGCUAAGAAGACUUUGAGGGACUCUGGUGUUCCUUUCAUUGACGUUCCAGUGGAUCGUUUCCCUUCUGUGCAAAAUUGGUUGCAGGAAAAAACAGGCCAGACAUCAGUGCCUCAGAUAUUCUUCAAUGAAACUUUUGUUGGUGGCAAUGAUAGCCUACAAAGAGCAAUAAAAGAUGAAGAGGAGUGGAAUAAGCUGCUGUCAGACAUUCAGACCAAUGAACCAAAAGAGGGUGCUCUCAAUAUCCCACACCCUUCAGAGGCAACUGAUGCAGCAGCUUCAGAGUUUGUGUGUGAGAAUGACCCUUCAGCCCCGAUUGUGGAAGAGUUGCAGGAGUCGGGUAUCCUACAUGACCACCGAACUUCUCUGUUUUCAAGCACAAAGAAUGUUUUUUCUGGUCACCAUUUUAUCAAAUGGAUCAUGAGAGCAAAGGAAGUUGAUGAAAAAGAAGCCCAUAGUAUUGGACAAGAUCUUCUGAGCAAGAAGUACAUUCUACCUCUACAGAAUGAUGCUGAGACAAACUUAUUGAAUGAUCCCAAAGUGUACUACAGACUGAACGACACAAGUCAUUCAUCGGCCUUGAAUGCUGGACCAACCCAGAAGUGCAAAUUGGGUGAUGCUGGAGAGUUGUCGGAGGCACUUCGCAAGACCAUGUUGAAGCUCACCAAUGAUCAUAUCUCGGCUGAUGGCAAAGUUGUCAACUACCUAGAGAUGAGGAAUGCUGAAGAAUUUGACAACUAUGUCAAAAUGUCAAAGGAAUUGCAGCAUGUUGCUGUUGAGAAAUUGAGCCAAGAUGAAUCUAAAGCAUUUUUUAUCAAUAUCUACAAUGCACUUGUCAUUCAUGCCACUGCUGUGAAUGGUUCCCCUUCCAACUGGUUCUCCAGACUGAGGUUCUUUGACAAGACUUCAUAUGUCAUUGGAGGUCACACGUACAGUCUGAAUGACAUAGAGAAUGGAGUACUAAGAGCCAACAAGCGAGGUGCACUUCAGUUCUUUGCUCCAUUUGGGAAGUCAGAUCCUCGACUAAAGACGAGUCAAAUGCAGGUAGACCCGAGGAUUCAUUUUGCCUUAAACUGUGGUGCAAAAAGCUGUCCUCCAAUAAAAACUUUCAGCUCCAGUAAUGUAAAUGAAGAGUUGAGAAUCGCAACAGAGGCAUACUUGGAGUCAGACGAGGCCCUGCAGGUUGAUGAAGAUCAAGGUAUCAUUCGUCUAUCCUCACUCCUGAAAUGGUAUUCUUCAGACUUUGGAGAAACCUUGGAUGAGGUUUUACAAUGGGUCUUGCAGAAUGUUGCUUAUCCUAAGAAAAAAGCUGCUCUUCAAAGUGUAGUAGAUGUUAAAAAAUACAAGCACUUCCGAUUUAUCCAUGCUUGGGCCCAGUACCAACAUGCAUUGGCUGGAUAACUGGGAAUGGACAGAUACUCCAAAAAUCCCAACUACAACCCAGGAUUUAAACUUGAGAUAUCUGGCAUCUGGCAUCUGGCAUGCUACCACCAUCAACUUGAAAUAUAAAUAAGAAUCCAUUUAUAACUAACUAAUGUUACAUGGGUUAUACUUUUUCAGACUGUAAAAAUAAUGUAAUCACACAGUAUGAAAAUACACAAGUUAUACAUAUCAUCAAACUCUUCAAACAUAUUAUGCUGUUGCUAAUUACAAAUUGCCUGUUAAAAAUCUUUA